CGUGCAAUAUGUUUGACCACUGCUUCAAGGUGACUCAGAACAGAAGGGAAACCACAGCGUUUACUCUGCAUUCAUAACCCCAAGCUCUAGGGUUUUCUGAAGAACUGUCUGCUUGUCUGUAAGUAGACUUCUAACCAUCUGUGCUUCCUGUUCUGAUGCUUCUUCUUGGCUUCAGCUCUGAGGAUUAGAAGUUAAACCCUUUGGGCUUCUCUCCAUUUGAAAAAGCUUGAUUUGAGUAUAAAUAUACAGCAAUGCAAAUGCCAUGGACGUGGAUCGUGUUCAUCUGUCUGAGUGGAAUAGUUUCAUCAGAACAAAACUUGGACUCUCGGCAUGACGUGGAUGCAUUAAUGGAAGUCUCUGCUGAGAUAUCUGAAUUAGAAAUAGCACCCGUUCCUUCGCCAAGGAUCGACGCAGGGGCGACAGUGUCGGGUGCACACGCUGUUGAAGAGAGUGAGGAUGAGCAUCUCCAAGCAAAUGCAGAGAAAGUGAUCAAGCAGGAAAAAACUGGCUCUGGAAACCUGGAGGCUAGCAGAAGAAGGAGAAGUGCCUGGGGGAAGAGGAAACAUGCAGCCACAGUGGAGUCCAUCGCAUAUAGAAUAGCAGGUUUGGGGCGACCCAUAAGCGGCUGGAGAAAGCGUGGAAAAGGAGGGGAGGGCAGCAACGCUCUUAUGGCUGCACUCAGGGAACUCCACGCUGAGAAGAGAAGGCUGAUGGAUCUCAGGAAAGCACGAGAGGAGGAGGAGGAUGAUGAUGACGAUGAGGACGAUGAUGAUGAAGACGACGACGAUGAUGAUGAAGAGGAGGAGGAGGAAGAAGAAGAGGUUAUAGUUUGUAAUCUAAGUUGUCUUAUUUACUUACUGAUUUGUCCGGUUAAUUAA